AUGAAAUCUGAAGAAUCAUCACCUGCUUCUGUCAUGAUUUUCCUGAUCUUCAUCAUAUUACUUUUACCCCACGUAGUAGGCAAGAAGACAGAGACACGGUGUAAUCUGGACAGAUCCUAUGCAGAAGGCUACUACAAAGAUGGGGAUCUCAUUCUUGGUGGUGUGUUAUCUUUAGCUCACCAAACUAUUCCAUGGCAAAAUUACGAAGGACGUCCUGAGGAAAUUUCUCCAUACAAGCUUCCAACAGUCCCAGAACUAAAGAACUACCAGCACAUCCUGGCAUUUGUAUUUGCUGUGGAGGAAAUCAACAAGGAUCCCAAUUUCUUACCCAACAUUUCUCUGGGAUUUCGCCUGUAUGACAACUAUUACAGUGGAAGUCAAACCUAUGAGAAUGUCAUCAGCCUACUGUCUGAGAGGGACAAGCUCGCUCCAGUUUAUCUUCCGUUCUAUGGAAAUGGGCUCUCCUAUGCUUAUGGUCAGUCAUCUUAUGACAACAUGAAUACAAAGAAAGUCAAAAUAUUUCCCAAUUACCAUUGUCAAAGCAAAAGGAAAAUGGUGGCUGUCAUUGGGGCCCAGACAUCAGAGUCAUCUGUUCAGGUGGCCAACAUGCUGGGGAUCUACAAGAUACCACAGAUACACUGGUUCCUUAAGAAAAUACUUUUCAACAAAACUACUGUGGAGGGUGCCAUUUUUGAUGGGAUUGAAGACAUGGCAACUUAUGAUAUUUUAAAUUGGAUCCUGUUCCCCAAUGACUCCCUUCUCAGUGUGAAGGUUGGAGAAGUGAACCUUCACUCUGCAAGAAACCGCAGUGUUGCUAUUCACAAAGAGAUAAACAUCUGGAAUGACAAAUUCAUCCAGCCACCGCGUUCUGUGUGCAGCCAUAAAUGUUCACCUGGGUUCUGGAAGGUUAUUUUGAGGGGCAAGCCUAAAUGUUGCUUCCAAUGCACAGAAUGUCCUAGAGGAAAAAUAUCCAAUGAGACGGAUAUGGAUUAUUGUGUGGAAUGCAACAAGGAUCACUACCCAAACAAAGGAAGAAAUAAGUGCAUCCCCAAAAACAUAAUCUUCUUAUCCUAUGAGGAACCUUUGGGAAUCACAUUAGCUUUCACUGCAGUAUUUUUUUCAUUCUUGUCUGCUAUGGUGCUAGGAAACUUUAUCAGAUGCAGAGAGUCCCCCAUAGUUAAAGCCAACAACCGGCARCUCAGCUAUGUCCUCCUCUCUUCCCUCAUACUUUGCUUCCUCUGCUCUUCGCUCUUCAUUGGACGACCAAGUAAAAUGACUUGCCUUUUUCAGCAGGCAGCCUUUGGGAUCAUUUUCUCUGUCUCUCUUGCUACAGUCUUGGCCAAAACCAUCACCGUGGUUCUGGCUUUCAAGGCCACAAAGCCAGACAGCGGUGUACGGAAAUGGCUAAGACCUAGAGUUUCUUAUUUCUUUGUGAUGAUCUGUUCUCUCAUUCAGGCUGUGAUUUCUAUGGUUUGGUUGGGAACCUCCCCUCCAUUCCCAGAUGCAGAUUUUGACUCGGAGCCUGGAAUCAUAAUCCUGAAGUGCAAUGAAGGCUCACACACUGCCCUUUAUUCCACUCUGGGCUACAUGGGUCUUUUGGCUUUGGUGAGCUUCAUUGUGGCUUUCCUUGCCAGGAAGCUGCCUGACAGCUUCAAUGAAGCCAAGUUCAUCACUUUCAGCAUGUUGGUUUUCUGCACUGUUUGGGUAUCCUUCAUCCCAGCCUACCUCAGCACCAAAGGGAAGUAUACGGUGGCUGUGGAGAUAUUCUCUAUAUUGGCCUCUAGUUCUGGGUUACUUGGCUGCAUAUUUUUCCCAAAAUGUUAUAUUAUUCUACUCUAUCCAAAUAAGGACCAGAAAGCACAUAUAACCAGCAAACAUUUCCACCCAGAAUCAAAGAACUACCAGCAUGUCCUGGCAUUUGUAUUCGCUGUGGAGGAAAUCAACAAGGAUCCUCAUUUCUUACCCAACACCUCUCUAGGAUUUCGCCUAUAUGACAACUAUUACAGCGGAAGCCAAACCUAUGAGAAUGUCAUCAGCCUACUGUCUGAGAGGGACAAGCUCGCUCCAGUUUACAUACCUUUUUAUGGAAAUGGGCUCUACUAUGGUUAUGGUCAGUCCUCUUACAACAUGAGGAACACAAGGAAAGUCAGACUUUUUCCCAAUUACAAUUGUCAACACCAAAAGAAAAUGAUGGCUGUCAUUGGAGCCCAGACAUCAGAAUCAUCUGUUCAGGUGGCCAACAUGCUCGGGAUCUACAAGAUACCACAGGUACAAGAUACAAGAUACCACAGCUAA